AUGAAGUGGCUCUACUUUUUAUUCGCAUUCAUCUCAUCAGUGUUGGCCGUUACCACAACUUCAACAUCAGUAUCCAGGACCACAGUUUGGGCCACAGGAACUGAUUCGGCGGGUCUUACAGUUACCACACAAUCCAUUUUUACCCAAACCUUCAUGACUACUUAUACCACUACCACAGGGAGUGUUCUGUCAGGAUCAAUCGGAUUAGGCACGAUCUCAGGUUCCGUCGGAGGAAUUAGAACUUAUUCCUACACUACAAUUACCAACGCAGGUAACUCAAAUAAACCUUGGGACGGUUCCAACCUCAAAUCUGUUUCAUUUGCAUUAGUCACGAUAUUAGCUACUUUCAUGGGAGGCACUAUCUUAUUCCUUUGA